CACAACUCAAACACAAAACGGAACGAAGAGCAAUUUCAAUUGAGAGAUACAGUAUAGAGAGAGAAGAGAGAAUCCAAGAGCAAGUUUGUAUCAGCUUCAGCUGAAGAACAAGAUGGUGGUUGAAGAUACCCAGAAAUCAAGCAUCACUGACGACCAAAUCACCGCAAACCCUAACAACGAAAACGAAGACCUUGAGGAGGGAGAGAUCCUCGACGACGACGACUCCUCCGCCACCUCCAGGCCACCCUCCUCCUCCGGCGCCCUCGCCCGUAACCCCCACCCUCUUGAGAACUCUUGGACCUUCUGGUUCGAUAACCCCUCCGCUAAGUCCAAGCAAGCAGCUUGGGGCAGCUCCAUCAGACCCAUUUACACCUUCGCCACCGUUGAAGAAUUCUGGAGCAUUUACAAUAACAUACAUCACCCUAGCAAGUUGGCUGUUGGAGCAGACUUUCACUGUUUCAAGCACAAGAUUGAGCCUAAAUGGGAGGACCCUAUCUGCGCUAAUGGGGGAAAAUGGACUAUGACAUUUCCUAGGGGGAAAUCUGAUACCAGUUGGUUAUACACGUUGUUGGGAAUGAUUGGAGAACAAUUUGAUCAUGGUGAUGAGAUUUGCGGAGCUGUUGUAAAUGUCAGGAAUAGGCAGGAGAAAAUUGCUCUUUGGACUAAGAAUGCUGCAAAUGAAGCUGCCCAGGUGAGCAUUGGAAAACAGUGGAAGGAGUUUCUUGAUUAUAAUGAUACCAUCGGCUUUAUAUUCCACGAGGAUGCAAAGAAGCAUGACAGAGCCGCUAAAAACAAAUACGUCAUAUGAAGUGUAUAGCGUUCAUUCUAUGUGGUAGCAAAGUGUAGGCUGUGUUACAUUUUUCAUGUAUGUAGCCGAGAGUUAUUUGAAAACCUUUUUUGCAUCUCUUAUCUUCAACAGUGUGUUAAGAACCGUGUACCGUGAAUAGGUGACUCUGUUAUUUCAUUAAUAAUAGUUUUGUUUUACUAA